AUGAAUGAAGUUAUUGUCGAACUAACCAACGCGUUAAAUGAACGUAAAGAAGAUUUAACAAAUUCAGUUAGUUUCGGUGAACGUUUACGUCGUGCAUUGCGUUUAUAUGCUAACGGUGAUUGGUUUCACACUAUAUCAGGUCAUCUAGAUCCAGAAACCAAUCGAUUAUUUAGUCAAUUAAAACGACGUGCACGUUUAGCUGAAGCUGGUUUAUAUGAUUUAGAAAAUCAGAUUGAAAGUUUAUCUACAGAAUUAAAUACAAUGGUUCAAUCGAAAAAUAUAAUAACAGCAACAGCAACCAUGCUGUCAUCACCUAAUCAACAGAGGAAAGAUAAGUUGUCGAUAAGCAAUAGUGUUAAUAAUGAUUCGAACAUCAUGCGUACUAUUGAUACAAAUGCUAAUCUUAUUCGAGCGGAGCGUAGUCGAGUUGAUUUUAUCGUGGAAAAUUUAAAACGCUUAGGUUUAAGCCCUAUGAAAUAUGAUGGUAAAUGUGAGAAAAAAAAAGGAAAACAAAAGUCUAUGCGUAAAAGUUUAAAUUGUUCAAGUAUUUCAUUCUUAAAUGAUUGCGCUCCCGAUCCCAGCGAUGAUACUGAUUUAAUGAAUCCAUAUCGAAAUAUGCUAAUUGAACGAGAUCAAGCUUUAUUACGCCUAUUUUCUAAUUAUAAAGUACCAGUUAUUUAUCCGUCGAAACUUUGUCCAUCCAUUUCACUCGAAAGUGAAACUGUCAAAGACCAAAAUCAAUCAUUUUCUGAUGUGCAAUCCGGAACAUUAAAUCAUUCACAGAUGAAAACUACAUCGUCUCCUGGAAAUAUGAAGAAUUCCAAGUUAGAACAGUUACUUGUUGUCUCAGGAGAAAUUGCCUCUAAUACCGAAGUCUCUAUUGUUCCCAAAUCUCCUUCUAAACCAUCGACUGAGAAAAGUGUGAAAGUUGUCAAUAAAACUGAAGCUGUUCCAUCAUCAGUAUCUACACCUCUUUCUCCUAAUACUCCUACUUCUGUCAUUAGUAGUAAACCACCAAAUAUAGCUUUUAAUUUGACAAGAAAUCAAAUUGCAAACAGUUCAACUGUAUCAUCAGUAGUAAAUUCUGCACCAGUUUCAAAUGUUAAACAAGAUGAUCCAAACACUACUACGUUCCAACAAUCAUUCUCACUGGGGAUGAAACCAAUUCAACAGCCCUUAUUCACUCAACCAAAUAUCACGUCAGCUUUCAAUGUAUCUUCAACUGCCAAUGAUAGUAGUAAUCUAUUCGUAAAGUCUACUUUAUUCAAGCCGCAAUCACCAUCAUCAUCACUGCCGAUCGUGAGUACAUCUAGUGGUAGUACUUCUAUAGGUCAAUCGUCUGCACCAUUCGUCGUAAACAAUUCCAAUGUUUCUAGUCCAGUUUUUCAAAAAAUUGGACCUACUAUCACCACUGCUAAUAAUUCUGCUACAACACUUGUCACAACAAUCAAUGAAACAAGUUUCAUCAAUUCUAACUCAGUUAUACCUACUACCAAUUCAUUGUUCAAUCCCUCAGUUAUUUCUAAACCUAUUGUCACCAAUCCAUCGAAUGUUUUCAAUAAUGCUUCACCGUGUAAAGAAACAGAUAAAAUUAAGAAAGAAAAUCUUGUUUCAAACAUCUCUUCAGCUAAUUUGCCUCAAACUACUACUGUUUCUUCUAAAUCAUCUGGGCUAUUCUCAUUUCUACCAACUCCAGUAUGUAGUAGUUCAGGUAUAAUGUUUGGGUUCGGACAAAGUCAAAAUAUCAGUACUGCUACUAUCAAUACUACGAUAAGUUCUUCAUUAAGUUCUCUUUUCACUGGUAUACCAUUGAACACUACAAGUGCAAUAACCACAAAUUCAGAUACUACAACAAACUCAAAUGUUACAUUCAAUAGUAGACCAUUAUUCGGUGCUCCAAAUUUGGUUUCAGCCACUACCGUUGCUUCAUCAACCUGCAGCACUGGUGCAAAUAUCUUUUUGUUUGGCAAUCCAAAUCAGACGUCUUCUACGAUUAAUACAGGAUCUGUAACCACUGUUUCGCCUGCAAACACCGUUAUUGGUCUCACUGGAACUCCUAUUUCGAAAAGUGAGACUUUCAAUAAAACACCGACUACAUCCGUCUCUUCACUUUUCGGUGGUGCUGCUUUCAGUACGCCCGUUUCUGUACCAUCUUGUGGAAUCGCCUCUAAUACACAUGUGUCUACACUUUUUGGUGGAUCUACUCCAACCACAACUAUUCUAGCAUCUCCAAUGUUUGGUACCACAGUUUUCGGUAAAGGUACUUCCUCGAGCGGGGGUUUAUUCACUGGUACAAAUGUUUCUUCGUUUCAAACUAUAACUUCUUCCUCCAUCCUACAAUCACCUGGAGUAACUGGUCUUUUCAGUGUUUCUAAUUCAGUAACUUCGCCAUCCACUCUAACCAGUACAACAACUACUAGUGCUACUACUACUUCAAUGACUCCUAGUUUUUCUAGUCCAUUUGGCUCUUCUGUUUUUGGAGGUAAUUCCACUUUACCUGGACAGUCUCUAUUUCAAAAUACAACAGCAACUAAUACUAUUGCAACAGUGUCGUCAUCGGCAGGCUUGUUUGGUACAUUGGCCAAUACGUCAGUUGUCGGUGGUAACAAACUGUUCAGUUCACAGCCAGCUACACAAACAAGUGGUUUUUUAUUUGGUUCUCCGUUUAAUGCUCCAGUGUCCGGUGGUGGUUCCAAUCUAUUUCAGGUCAAUACUUCAAAUCCUACUACCACUGUUUCGUCAUCUACAUUAUUCGGUGCUAGUCUGUUUAAUACGCCAUCUGUAAAUUCACCUGUAAAUAACAAUAACACUACUGCUGUAUCUACAGUGCCAGCACAAGUUACAACUUCUAGUCUGUUUAGUUUCGUUUCGGGCACAUCUUCAUUAUUUAGUGGUGCAUCAAUAACUUCUAACCAGGUGAAUCCAACGGCUCCUGGUACCGGUCUUUUUGCAGCAGUGGCGACUGUCAAUUCUCAACAGAUUACAUCUAAUUCAACUGGUGGGAGUGCUGGCCUCUUCGGUUCACCUAUGGGAUCCGAUACAAAAUCUACAAACAGUUUAUUCUCUGUAUCAAACUUAAGUCUUGCUUUUGCAAAUCAAGCUAACUCUACUUUAUUUGGUUCGCCUAAUUCAAGUACACAGAAUAAUAUUAUUUCUGGAGCAAGUGCAUCACUGUCAAGUCCUCAAUCUGGUCUUUUCAACAGUUCAAUUUUAGGUUCAUCUUUGUUUGGCUCUCCUACACCUGUUACUACAAUGAGCGGAGGUGGUGGCGGGUUAUUUAGUAAUGUCGGAACAAAUGUUAAUCCAGGAGCAGGUUUAUUUGGUACACAGACACCUACUACUGGCGUUGGUGGUUUUGGAAGUUCACCAACUUUUGGCAGUCCUGCAUUUGAUAAACCAGUUGGACAAGGUUUAUUCGGAAUGAAUGGUCCCGGGGCAUUUAAUUCUAGUGGCGGAUUAUUUGGUUCAACUGGGCCCUUGUUCGGUGGUGGUGGUGGUUCUAACCCCGCACCUGUAGGUGGUGGAUUGUUUGCCUCUUUAGGGAGUAAAUCAGAUAAUUUAAGUUUUGGAUCACUUGCUCAAAACUCACCACCUGGUGGAAAUAUCCCUGCUUCACCUUUUGGUACUAGUCCUUCAUUUACUCAAAGACGCGCUUGA